AUGAGACAGCAGCACUGGUGGGGGAUGACUGCCAAAAUGGGCACCGUGUUAUCAGGGGUCUUUACCAUCGUGGCCACCGACAUGUACCUCAUCUUCGAACAGAAGCACUUAAGGAGCAGCAAUUGCACUGAGAUUAACACACGGCCCAAGAGUAACAUUACGCUGAUAAAUCAGUUCAUCAUCUGCCGGAGUUUCAAUAUUGUCUUCUUCCUAUCUUCCAUCACCAUCAUGGUCAGUUGCUUGCUCCUGUACUCCAUAUAUGCCCAGAUGUACAGAGGCUUGGUGAUCUACGCCAUCUGGAUUCUUUUCUAUGAAAUUGCAAGCAUUGUAAUACAAUUCUUCACUGACAAUGACUCUAGCAUUGCAGAGGUCAGAUUCAUACGUUGGUUUGGCUUGGUGUCCCGUGUAUUCAUGCAUUGUUUCUGGUUGUUCUUUGUCAUCACCUAUGCCCACAUAAUCUACAAAAGUCAAAGCCAGGGCAAUAUAAUUUCCUACAAGAGACGUAUUUCUCAGGCAGCGGAGAGUUCCCACAGCAGAGAUCAAAGAUAA